AUGCGUCUCCACCUUGUUAUCUCGCGCCACGGCUUGCCCGUGACGCGAAUUCUCUGGACAACUUCGGCAGUAUCUACAGGCGAAUACGGUGCUCGUCAUCCGGCAUCGACGGCCGCUGUCGCAUCAUCGCGGACCCCGAAUAUCGCCUUCUCCAAUGGUGGCUACACAGUCGCACAACUGCUCGAGGAUGUGAAUGAGGUUGUGCCUCUAGAGACAGAACCUCAUGUCUUCGACGACGAGCUGAGCGGUCAGUGGGGACUGGAGGAUUAUGUGGUCGAAGUGGCCGGGUCGGAAUGCUUGCACUUCAUGGAAGUUGAUGGUUUGCUUCGUGAUGGAGAUGAAGUUGUUAUCCGAGCUCUCCAGCUAGCCGAUCUUCGCACCAGGCGGCUUUGCGGUCGUCAUCAGAUUACCUCCGAGGGUAAGCACUUGAUUGAUGGCGUGCCUUUUGGUUCGCCUUUCUUGAAAAGAUCCACUACCACACGACCUGCCAUUACCAUUCCCCCUCGAAAGAGACGACGUACCGUUUUCUCUGGCUGGGAGCACGGACCAGAUAUCUCGGCCCAAGAUGCCCUCGACUCGGCUGCUGAUGAGGAAGGAGAUGGAGAAUGGGUGCCGCCCCCGCAAACAGGGUUUGGAAAGGAGCUUUCCAUCAUGCCGCCCGAACAUGAGGAGUCUAUGGGAACCGUCAUCCGUCAUCCAGUCGAUCACUCUGGAGAGUCUGAAAGUGAAGGAGAUGUGUCCGAGAUGGACGGUGAUGGUGAUGACGAUGAAAAUGAUCUAGAGAGCGAACUCCAGGCACUCAAGGAGGACUUUGAGGAACCCUCUCAAUUCAUCGAUAUCAGAAACCAGACGCGCAACCCAAGUGGACAUGCACUACGUGCCACCUCUGUGUCCAAGCGACCAACCUCAAAAGGAUCAAUCGCAGCUGCCUCAACAAUCUCCAGCAAGCGCUCCCGUGAAGAGGACUCGUCGCCACGGACUUCGAAGGCUGAGCCCGUUGUGGAACCGGAAGUGUUGUCUGAUAAAGAGUCGGCUGCUUCCUCGGAUAGUGAUUCUGACUCGGAUGAUGACUCUGACUCCAGCUCGGAUUCUGAUUCUAGUGACGAUGAGGACGAUGCUUCCUCGAGUGAAGUGGAGCCCGCAAAGGAAGCUGUUGUACCGGACGAGGAAUCUGCUUCGGAGUCCUCGUCAGACUCCGAUAGCUCUGAUUCCUCGGAUUCAGAUUCAGAAGACGAAGCUCCCCCUCAAGCUCCACCCGCCCCGAAGGCCCAGCCACCUCCUGUAACCAGCGCACCUGGAGACGGUUCCAUCCGCACGAAGAAAAGCAACAACCGUCUUAAACUGCGUCGCCGUCUGUCCAAGUUGAAAGAGCUCGGUGCCCUGCCAGAUGAAGCAGACUUUGACGCAUUACGUGCGUGGGAAAAUACAAACGGGGGCUGGUUCACUCCUGAACAAUCCAUGAUCUCCGAGGCACCUGCCAAACCGGAAACUGAAAAGUCCGCAAAGCAGCUCAAGAAGGAACAGGAACAACAAGAGUUCGAGGCCAGGCGACAGAAGCUUCUCCGUGAUCUUGCGUCUGGCAAUGGAGUCGAUGUGGACCAAGGAUCAGAGAAAGAGAAUGUGCCUCCUCUUGCACCUGCCGCAGAGGCUGAAGUAUCAGAGGAAGUUCCCGCCGCGGAUAAGCCAGACGAAGAGUCUUCAAAAGAGGCUGCGCACAGGCGGACUCUAGAUAUUGCGAGCUCAAGACGCAUGCUGUUUGGCUCCCUUGGUAUGCGAACCCCAAAGACCAAGGAGGAAGAAGAGCAAACUCGACAGAAAUUGGCUGCUAAAGCUAAGGCGAACGAACAUAAGAAGCGCCCUUCGCAGCUUACCCAGGAAGAGGGUGAUCAAAUGGACGAAGAUGGUGCUGAUGAAUCCGAUGGUGAUUGGAUGAACAAGCUGGUCAUUCGUGCUGUUGAGUGUGUCUAUCCCGAAGUCGAGAUGACCGCUCCUCCUUUUCCCUUUGUCCAACGCUGGGAUAAAGACGCAAAUGCCUUGAUUCGCGAGAAGAAGGGACCCACCAAGAAGCGAAAGAGAAAGCAGCGAAUUCAAGUUUACAACAAUGAGGAGGAGGAAUAUGAUGAGAAUGGAAACUGGUACGGCGACGACUACUACCAAGGGGACGGUCAAGAAGAAUAUUACGAACCUGCGGCCGAUUCUUACUACAACGGACAUUACGCUGGCGAGGCCGAAGACAGUCACCAGCUCAACUACGACGAGGGACCUGAGCCCGAGCCAACUGCUCCCGUCGAGGAUCUUCCUAUUCCUCCAAAGGAUAUGAGUACUGUUCCUGAUUUGACUGAGAGAGAUGUGAAAGUCGGUGCUAUCAUUGUUUUCCGACAGCUAGACAUGUCCAAAGCCACCAACUGGCAACCUCAAAUGUCCGAUUACCGAGUGGCCGAGGUGCGCUCUGUCAAAGAGCAGGGUGUGAUUGAUGUGCUUCUUGCGAAGCGGGACCGAAAGCAACGUUCUGCGGGUGAAGAUGAUCAGCUUCGCCAGUUCAGCAAAUUUGAGGUUCCAGACCUUGCAAAUGACGAGGAAGAAGACGACGGCUACCGCGAGCUGACCUUCGCCGAAUUGAGUGACCCGAAGCUCCUUCAGCCUGCUAAAUCGGGUGCUGACCAGCACACCCCAGAAGGUAGCAAUGUCUCUGUAAUCGAAGAAUCCGUACCAAAUGCCCAACCAGCCCAACCAGCACCCGAGAUGGACCUCGAUGAAACCACGUUCGUCACGAUCGGAAAUGAAGUCAGUCAUCUUGAUUCACUCCGCGAAUCUACAGAUGCCCCCGAUCAGGUUCAACCAAACCCGGGGGCUCUGCCGCAGAUCCAGGUUCAGGCUGGAUCGGAGCAACGUAGCCUUACACCUCCCAUACCAUCACCUUCUUUCAACGGGUUUCAUUCCGCGCGAUCCUGGCAGCAAACGACCCCGGGAGUUGCUACCAAUCUCGAGGGCCACACCCUCAUCGGUGAAACGCCGUCCGCAGCGAUGAACCGCGAGGAAGACCCUUCUAUGCUUUCAUAUACCUCUGCCAAUCAGUCUUUCGAUGAUUCUACCCACGAUACCCCCGAACAACCUGAGCGCCAGGUUGUCGAAGCCUUGAUUCCACCCGGCGACUCUGCAGAAAGUGGUCCACAGUCCGGAUCACUUCUUUCUACAAUCGAAUCCAACGGCGGUGUGGUCAGCUCACAAAACUCGAAGAAAACCAACAUCAAGAGCGAGAGAUUUAAGAAUGAGGCCCCACGCAGCUCUGGGGAGUCCUGGGCAGAUAUGCUUGAGAGACUGAGAGGCGGGCCAUCAGAACUAGAUGCUAUCCUGGGUUUCAGCGACAGCGAUGUUGCCGACGAGCCCUCAGAGCUGACACCUUUCAAAUUGGCCUCGUCAUCCAAACCAUCCAUUUCGCAAUCAAAGUCUCCCAAUCUCCCAACUUGCAACGUGGACGGUCCAUCCGACCCAACAGACCCCACGCACCUACUCAACUUCUUCUCGCCUGCGGAUUCCGCCCGCUCGAAACAACCUCGCUCAACACGUGGAUCCGUCCCCAGCCAAAUCCCAGAGUCCCAACCCUCUUCCUCUCAAAUCCCUGCCUCGCAGAUGUCUGCUGUGAUCGAUCUGACCUCCAGUCCGACUGGGUCCCCUGCACCAGAGGCCAACCUUACUCCAUCGCGACGCACCAAGUCUGCGCACUUUGGCAGACAGCAGAGUUCCUCCCAGGCUGGACCAUCUCGUGCUUCUACUGGUGGAACUCGGCCCGUUGUGGAAGUGGACAAUAGCCCUGCGCGGUCCCAAAAGAAGAACAGGCGUACGUCGCGGAAGUUUUAA